AUGACAGAUUAUACCAUUUUAGGGUCAGGGGUUAUUGGUCUUUAUACUGCUUACUUGUUACUUGAAAGAGGUAUUGACAGUAAAAAAAUUAAAAUCAUAGCUAAGCAUACUCCAGGUGAUUUAUCCCAUCACUUUGCUAGUCCCUUUGCUGGUGCCACCGUACCUUGUGUUAAAAAUGAUGAUGAAGAUAUCCAAUUUUUUUGUAAAUUCACCUUUGAAAAUUUAGGUAAGAUCAGACAACAAUUGGGAGGUAAUUGUGGUAUUGAAACCAUUUGGAAUAAUGAAUUCUGGUACAAGAAACCAUCUGAAAAGACAUUAAAGAAAUUCUAUUCUUAUAUCUUCGAAUAUAAAGAAAUCCCUAAAGCUCAAAUUCCUAAAGGUCAAGCCUAUGGAUUAAGAUAUAAGACUUGGGCUUUCAAUGCCCCAUUGUUUAUUCAACGUUUGAGUGACUACAUCAAAGCAAAGGGUGUCAAAGUUGAUGUCAGAGAAAUUUCCGAUCUUAAGGAAGUCAAGACUAAAGGGGAUACGAUUAUUUUCAAUUGUACUGGAUUUGGAUCUAGAUUCAUCAAAGGUAUUGAAGAUCUUGAUGUUAUUCCUAUCAGAGCCCAAGUUGUUGUUGUGGAAGCUCCAAGUGUUGUAGAAACUCAUUUAAGUUGGGGAAAUAAUGUCGAAACUUAUGCUAUCAAAAGACCAAAAUCUAAUGAAUUGGUGUUAGGAGGAUUUUAUCAACAUGAUAAUUGGAAUAAAGAUGUUUUGGGUAAAGAGACUCAAGACAUCUUACAAAGAGUUAGUAAGGAAUUCCCUCAAAUAAUCCCAUCAGGAAAGACAAUCUAUGACUUCCCUAUCAAGAGGGAAAUCUCGGCUUUUAGACCAAGUAGAAAAUCUGGGGUAAGAAUUGAGAAAGAACUCAUCGAUGGUAGAUUAGUUAUCCAUAACUAUGGUGCAGGUGGUACUGGUUAUGCCCAAGGUUUAGGAAUGGCCGAACAAGCCGUUAGAUUAAUUCCCUCUUCAAAAUUAUAG